ACAGAGGUGAACGCAGAAAUUUUACAGAAGUUUGAAGAACUCCAGCAACGGGUGUCACAGCUUGGAGUAACUCCUACUCCACAGGUUAAUGCUAUUAAGGUUAAACUCCCCAGCUUUUGGACUCAUCAACCUAAACUUUGGUUCGCUCAGGCAGAAUCCCAGUUUGACACAGCAGGCAUCAAGUCAGAUGGAGCUAAAUAUGGCUAUGUUUUGUCCAUGCUUGAUACAACAUCAGCCAAGUUAGUAGAAGAUUGUAUUUUAAACCCACCGGCCGACAAUAAAUACAUAAAAAUAAAAGCAGAAUUAAUUAAGAAGCUUUCUAUUUCUAGACCUCAAGAAAUACGCCAACUGCUUAAUGGAGAAGAACUUGGUGACCGGAAACCUACAGUGUUCCUGCAACAUCUCCGUUCUCUGGCAGGAACUUCUAUGGGAGAUGAAGGCAUCCUCCGUGAAUUAUGGCUACGUCGACUACCACUAGAGGUACAGAGAAUUAUUAUUGGACAUAAGGACCUGGGUUUGGACAGUGUAGCUGAAAUAGCUGAUGCACUUUUGGAGGCAUCACCUCCGGCUGUUGCACCUGCUACCUGUGCAGUCAACAAUAACAAUACUUCUGGGCCGUCGGAAAUGACUGCUCUCAUGAAGUGCAUUGAGGACUUAACAAUGAGAGUUGAAGCCCUCAGUACCAGGGAUUCCCAGCCAUCUCGUUUCCGCUCCCAGCCUAAUUCACAGUCGAAUUCUAGACCCGGAGGACGUUGGUGCUGGUACCACAAACGCUACGGCAAAAAUGCCACAAAAUGUAUCUCUCCUUGUACCUGGAAACCCCGUCAAGAGGGAAACUUUCCAGGCAAUCAGUAGUGGCGGCUUCUGAUUGCUCAACAUCCGGCCGCCGUUUAUUUGUCAGGGAUUCCAAGACAGGUCACCUAUUCUUAAUUGAUACUGGGUCUGAUAUCAGCUGUUUCCCACGCAACCUGCUUAAGGGAAGAUAUAUUGCCACAACGUUUGACGUUCGAGCCGCCAAUGGAAGCGCUAUAAAAACUUAUGGCACACUUCCCUUGCAGUUAGAUCUAGGUUUGGGUCGAUUUUUCAAAUGGAAUUUUGUGAUUGCAGAUGUUGGUGCACCUAUCAUCGGCUCAGACCUAUUGGCUGAAUAUUACCUGAUACCUGACUGCCACAACCAACAGCUGAUAGAUGGCAACACAAGGAACUUUGCUCCGGCUACCAUUGCCCAAAUUAAUCAACAAAGCGUCAAGGCAAUUGUUGCAGAGUCACCAUUCUCAAAAAUCCUGUUGGAAUUUCCUGAUAUUUUGCGUCCACCUGGACUCCCACGGAUUGUGAAGCACUCAACAGUACACCACAUCAUCACUACAGAAGGGCCGCCUGUGUCAUGCCGCCCACGAAGACUUGCCCCUCAAAAACUACAGGCAGCAAAGAAAGAGUUUGAUGAUAUGUUGAAGUGUGGAACUGCUCGCCUAUCAAGCAGCCCCUGGGCCUCACCCUUACACAUGGCAAGAAAAGGGACCCUGCAGAGCAUGCUCGACAUCUUCGAGCUCUGUUCCAGAGGUUGUCCAAGUAUGGAGUCGUCGUCAACUCCUCGAAGUGCGUGCUAGCCGCAGACGAGUUUACGACGGAUAUAGUCCAUGUCCAAGGAAAGGAGAACGUCGUAGCGGACACGAUGUCAAGAGUGGAGGCGAUUCGGAUCGAGGAGGAUUACGCGGA